CAUUAGAAAAUAAAGAAGCAUCAAAACAGUCUUGUUGCCGAGGAAAACUUGGGGUAUGUCAGGUAUGGAGAGGCUUCAGAGAAUGUUCGCCGGUGCCGGAGGAGCUUUGGGCCACCCUCCGCCGGAUUCCCCCACUCUCGACUCCUCUGAGCAGGUCUACAUCUCAUCCCUCGCCCUUCUCAAGAUGCUCAAACACGGGAGAGCUGGGGUUCCUAUGGAAGUCAUGGGUUUGAUGCUGGGAGAGUUCGUGGAUGAGUACACUGUUCGCGUCGUUGAUGUAUUUGCAAUGCCUCAGAGCGGUACUGGUGUUAGCGUUGAAGCUGUUGAUCACGUGUUCCAGACCAACAUGCUCGAUAUGCUUAAACAGACCGGGCGACCGGAGAUGGUUGUUGGGUGGUAUCAUUCACAUCCUGGGUUUGGCUGUUGGCUUUCUGGUGUGGACAUUAACACACAACAGAGUUUUGAAGCAUUGAAUCAACGCGCUGUAGCUGUUGUGGUGGAUCCAAUUCAAAGUGUAAAAGGAAAGGUGGUGAUUGAUGCUUUUCGCCUGAUCAACCCACAAACCAUGAUGCUUGGCCAAGAGCCACGUCAAACCACUUCCAAUCUUGGCCAUCUGAAUAAACCAUCCAUUCAAGCCUUGAUCCAUGGUUUGAACCGCCACUACUACUCCAUAGCUAUUAAUUACAGGAAGAAUGAGCUUGAGGAGAAGAUGUUGCUGAAUCUUCAUAAGAAGAAGUGGACUGAUGGUUUAACACUUAGGCAAUUCGAUUCUCACUCCAAAACAAAUGAGCAGACAGUUCAGGAGAUGCUAACUUUGGCAGUUAAAUACAACAAGGCGGUACAGGAAGAAGACGAGUUGCCCCCAGAGAAGCUUGCAAUUGCAAAUGUGGGAAGACAGGAUGCGAAGAAGCACCUGGAAGAGCAUGUCUCCAAUUUGAUGUCUUCAAACAUCAUUCAAACUUUGGGAACUAUGCUGGACACUGUUGUCUUCUAGAGUUCCUAGAUUAAGCAAUUUGUUUGGUAGGAAGGAUGGAGAGGAGGUUGGUAGGAGGGAUGGAUGAGAAUCCUUUGCUAAGUUAGGAAGGAGAGAAAGAUAAUUUUUUAUUCCUUUGUUUGGUAUUGAAAUUGAAAGGAAAAUGGGAGAGAUGGGAAUGGAGGGAGUUGGUUAUGAAAUUACCAUAUUACUAAUUGUAUAAGAUUUUUAUCUUUUAUCUUUUAUUUAUUUUUUAUUGCACCAAUAUAUACAUACAUUAAUAGUUAUUAUAAGAUACUGAAUGUUAUUUGUUAA